UUGCUUUUCCUUUUUAUGUUCUGCAAUCUCUGUUCUUUUGCUCCUUCUCUAUCAUCAGUAUUCUGCUCUAUCUGUUCUUCCUUCUCGCACAGCAAAGUGUUGUAAGGAGCAAAGCAAACCAGCCAAGAAAAGAUGCAAACUUUGUAGAACCCCAAGGGUCCUUUGUCUCUGUUCUUCCUGCCUCUUCUCCCUCCAUCUCCUUCCUGCAAAAAAAAUAGAAAAAAAGAAAACCAUCUUCCUGUUUCCGACCAAUUUAAGGUUCUUUGAUGUCUGUUGCCUUUGAGGAGCAUGAUUACAUAGGUUUGUCAGAGGCUCCUCCCCUGGAGAGCUCUGAUGAGAACAUGAACAAGAAGGAGGAGGACGUGGAGAAGGAGAAGCCCUCCCCCGAGUCAGACAGGGCUGAGUCGGGCCUCGAGUUGAGGCUCGGGUUGCCCGGGUCGACCCCGCCUGAAAGGGACCCGGCCAAGGGUUCUGUCGCCGGGGCCAAGAGGGGGUUCUCUGAUGCCAUUGACUUCACCGGCAAGUGGGGCUUCAGCGGCAGACCCGUCAAGGGGUUUGACGGGAAACCGGGGUCGGCUGCUCCCGCCGGGAAAGAUGGAGUUCCCGCUCCGGCGUCGCCGAAGCCGGGCCUUGAGAAGAAGCCUCAGGUUCCAUCUCCUGCUGCUAAGGCUCAGGUCGUGGGUUGGCCUCCAAUUAGAUCGUUCCGGAAGAAUUCCAUGAGUUUCCAGGCUCCAAAGAGCACUGAGGAUUCUGAGAGCAAACUGGGAUCAGGAUGCCUCUAUGUGAAGGUCAGCAUGGAAGGCGCCCCAUAUCUCCGGAAAGUUGACCUCAAAACCUACAAAAGCUACAUAGAGUUGUCUUCUGCUCUCGAGAAGAUGUUCAGCUGCUUCACUAUUGGGCAAUUGGAUGAGAAUGGAUUAACAGAUCUUCUUCAUGGAUCUGAGUAUGUGCUCACAUUCGAGGACAAAGAUGGUGAUUGGAUGCUCGUUGGUGAUGUUCCUUGGGAAAUGUUUACUGAAUCCUGUAAGAAGCUUAGGAUUAUGAAAAGCUCGGAUGCAAUUGGGCUAGCCCCGAGAGCUAUGGACAAGUGCAAAACCCGCAGCUAAAUUUCCUCAGAUGAUUCCACAACAAAGGUAAGGCCUUGAGGGAGUACUUCAGAAUGUGGUACUCGGAAGUUCAACUGAUCUUGCUUGGUCCCAGCUGUCUCCUGCCUUAUCGGUCUAUGUAUGUUUCUGAAAUAUUUGAUAAUUGUCUAUUAAGGAGGAUAACGGGAAAAAAAAAAACCUCUUCUUGUAGCAGGCAAAGACGUAUGGUAGAGUUUUAACGAGUUUUUGCUAGGCCUAUGUCCAAGUUUUUUACCCUUCCAAUUGCGUAUUUGGAUUGCUCUCUGUUCAAGACUACGAUAUUGUGAAGUAUAUAAAUAACUACAUGGUUUGCUGCUCAGCAACUUUGGUCC